CAUCACAUCAGCAGAGGGGACAGCGCUUUAGGCUCAGUGUCUCCAGCAUCCAGCGCAGCGCAACCUCCUGCCUCCCCUCCAUCCUCUACAAUCUGCCCCCAGCCUUCCACCUUCUCUGUUGCACCUUGCAGGCUCUGGGCAGGACACUUCAGACUCAAUGGUGUGGCUGCUGGACCUCACCUGACUGCAGGAGGACCCCCAAUGUUUAAAGGUGGUUAAUGGAGAGAAGGUCGAAUGACAGCCGGGACUGUGGUCAUCACCGGUGGAAUAUUAGCGACUGUAAUCCUUCUCUGUAUUAUAGCCGUUCUCUGCUACUGUAGACUCCAGUAUUACUGCUGCAAGAAGGAAGAUUCAGAAGAAGAUGAGGAGGAACCUGACUUUGCAGUCCAUUCCCGUUUCCCUCCUAUGCACAACAACCGGAAUAUAGCUCUGGCAAAUGGUCCUUCCGUAUACUCCUCACCUUACAACAAGAAGCACCAACACUGCAGGAGCGUCUGCCAGGGUUGCACCCACUAUGAACCUCCAGCCUUCCUCCUGCACCCCCCUGAGGAGAUCCACAAUGGAGGGGAACGUAUUGCUUACAAGACGAUCAGCCAGGAGGAGAUUGAACUUCCGGUUAAUGUGAGCAAUUUGCAGCUUCUAAAUCCCAACCGCUUAUCUGCCAUGAGAGAAGCCUUUUCCCGCAGUCGAAGUAUAAGCACCGAUGUGUGAGGCCAUGGAACCACCAACUGGACUGACAUGAUCCCAGCAGCAACUCUGUGCUUUGGGCAGCGUAACGGUACCAAUGUACCAGAGAGAAGUCUAUUCCCACAGCCACAGUAUAAGCACUAAUGUGCGAGGCCAACUGGACUGACAUGAUCCAAGCUACUUUGUUCUUUGGGCAGCCUAACGGUACCAAUUAUCUGAGCUACACUGUUCUAUGGGCAGCCAAUGGUACCAAUUAUCUUCUUUUUAAAUCCAUCCCUUAGGCUUGUGGAAAAAUUGAUGGAAAAUUAAAUUCCCAAGCCUUUCUAAAAUGAGGUGGAUAAUUCCUCCAUUUGUGCAAUGAAGCAAAAAGAACAAAUAAGAAAGAAAAACAAAAAAAAAAAGCACAGUACGACUCCUAUAGCAAAAAGCUUUCCAGCCAGUGCUUGUACUCCCCCACUCCGUUCAUAGUUCUCUGAGCUUUUUCAUGAAGUGAAAUGUGUUUUAAACUGAUGAAUGUAUUUAUACAAUAUGUACAGAAAACUGUUCAAAUCUAUAAUCACAAAUAGUCGGCAAAAAAAGAGAAAGAAUUGCAUUGAGGGUGGGAAGGAAAAUAUUGAGGAACCUUUCAACUGAAACGUGACAAUUUGAGAGAUUUUUUUAAAGCUAUAUAAAUAUCAGAAUGCUAGGGGGUUUCCCUUUUGUGCAAUUUUGUAUCUGUAAUCACAGGGGGGGUGCUGCAAUAAUGAGUCAGUAUUGCUUUAAAGGUUGAAUUUAAUCUUUUUUUUUUUUGGAGAAGUUCUUCCAUUGUAUUUUAAUACAAGAGUAACGUAUUUUAUGCGUGAAUGUAGACGAGAAUCACCGAGUGAAAGGGGUUGGGGGGGGAGAAGAUGAUUGAGAUUUUAUGCAGCAGAGGAAGUAAAUGGCAGCUGGCUCAGGAAGUGACAUAAUUAGAUUUUAAAUACAGUUAAAGGUUUUUAGAAGUGGGGUUGGGCUCUAUAUGAAGGCAGUUUUUCGUACGCUGGAAAAUGACAUAAUAAAAGAUUGUGUGACUAGUUGCUUAUAUUGUUGGAUAUCCCCAUUUAUAUUAUUUAAUAUGGAUGGUUGCGUGUCCAGUUGGUGGUAACCUGUGCCCUACCCCCCUGAUGCUUCCUCUUGCAUUCUUUCUAAUUGCGUAGCAGAGAGCAGGGAGUAAUGACCUGGGCAUGGACAACCAUGCCCAUGUUGUCAAUGACAUUGAAAAGCUCUAGUCAAGUUAAUCGCUGUACCUAUUGUUCUUCCAAUAUUCUUACUCUCGAGCACCAAGGACUCUACUGCAUAAUAAUAUCUAUGGCGAAGUUUGCCAGGUAGGGGUGUCUCUCUCAGGGAUCAUGAUCAGACGAGGGAAUGAAUACUAUCACUUUGUACAGAAGACCAUAUUAGAGUCAUACACAAGUACAAGCCAUUUACCAUGACCAACGUCUUCAAUAUCUUGCAGUAAUCCUUAUGGGCAUAAAAGAAGAGGCAAGUGACCCCAAGGAGCUCCCCAAAAACUGCUUCUUCUAAUGUUGGAUUCAGAGAUGUUAGAUUCUAAAUUUUAAGUUUCCAAACUAUGUGCAGAAUCUGCAGAUCCACUACUAAUAAACGAAAUAGUUUCUACAAAAUUUGUGUAACAGUAUUUUCCCAAAGGUCAAAUUCAGGAUUUCGUUCCUUUUGCAACAGUUUCUCUUGAAAAGUACAAAAGCAUUCAAGCGGUUUUCAAGUGCCGUUUUGAUUCAAAAAGUCAAUGAAAAUCUAUUUGGUCCAAGUAGAAAUUUUCUCCAACAUAUAUUAAAUUAUUUGAAAAGUUCUUUUUCUCUUAUAACAGUGAAUCUGGCCCUUUAGGUCUCUUAAAAAGUGUAAGUUAUUGAACAAUAUAUUUGCAACAUUUAUCUAAAACAUCAUGUGACUUUUCUCCACUCAAACAAGUAAGUCAAUUUUUUUCCAAAUGUCCCAUUUUUGCCCCUAAUUUACAUAUGCAAAUUAGGGUUAAGAUUCGGGCCUUUCACAACGGAUCAGUAAUUCGGACAAAUCAUAAAAUAGUGGAUUCGGUGCAUCCCUAGACAUUUAUGAGUUGAACUUUGCCACAUUGACUGAGUUUAUUUAAAGCCUUGGGACAAUGAAGCCAAUAAAUCAGAUAAUGAUGAGAUAUUUCGUGGAAAAAUUCAGCUUGCAUACAAAGAAAUUUUGUGUAAUUUGUAGUUUAUGACAUGGCAUUUUGGCACAGAUUUAAUUUACAGACUUGCGAAGUACUU